AUGCCUAUACAGCCAUCGCGUAGGCUGUCGCAGUAUGUGUGUCUAGAAUGCGACGAGAGACACAUCAAGCGCUACUCUCCACCUCGCAGCGCGAAGGUCAAAUAUCUGACAUCCACCAUCAUGAUCAACUCUCCGUCGACACCAUCUGGCACUUCCCCGUCGAAGUAUAGCGACGCCGUAGAUGCCCCCGGAUCACCCAAUACGCAAGACCUGGAGCUCACCGUCCAAUGGAGCACAGCAACCUAUCGCUCCAUCGCCACAGGCACCUCCUUCGAGAAGAUCGGGCAGACUGUCAUUCCCCAAGAGGCCAUCCCCCACCCUUUUCUGACACACGGGCUCCUGGCGCUGUCGGCUCUCCACAUCGCCUCUACCAGCGAUCAUCACUCUCGAGAGGAAUACAUCAAGACGGCGCAGAGUCACCAUAGCCAGACCGUGUGUGGAUUCCGAAAAGCAGUCCAAAGUCUUGACAAGUCUACAUGCGACGCCGUAUUCGCCAUGUGCCAUAUCGACCUUGUAUACUCUUUCGCCUUGCCGUUGACGAUCGAGCUAUCUAGCAACAACCCCAUCGACAACCUCUGCCACAUCAUCACCCACAUCCAAACCUCAUCACCCAUCACACAAGACAACCCCCUCAGCCCCCCCUCACCCCACUCGCCAUCCACCCACGAAACCCACAUGCCCAACACCUCCCAGCUAGCAAUAAUCGCCCUCACAAGACUAAACAACACCCUAUCCGACCAAGACCCCUCCCACCCAGUAUCAACCUACACCACCACAAUAAUCCACCUCGCUUCCUCUCUCAAAACCCUACUCCACAGUGGCGGCAACGAGGAAACCCCCCUGUCAACCAUGCAAUGGACCUACCACGUCCCGGCGGCCUUUCUCCCCCUCGCGCGCCAGAGACGGCCAUUCGCGCUAGUACUACUCGCGCAUUAUGCCGUGAUACUGCAUGCGAUGCGCGCGUCUUGGUGGGUGGGUGAGUGGGGGGAGCGGAUCAUUCGGGAGUGCGGGUUGGCUUUGGGGGGUGAGUGGAAGGGGGCGUUGGGGUGGGUGGUUGAUGCGACGGGGGUUUUUAUUGACCUGUCUUGA